CCCCGCGUAUAUUACUAUGCGGGUCACGUCCACCAAUCCGUUGAAACACUUCACCGGUUGACCUUUCUCUUCUUGACCGCGUUCCUGUUCUAAUGAAAGUUCAUCUCUGUACCAACAUUUUUCGCCAAAACAUAACCCAAAAUGUCUGCUGCUCAAGGACGACUUUCUUCUGUGAUGGGACAUUUGUCUCCUGCAACAUCGGGUAAAUCCCAGCUUCUGCAGAAGAGCCCGGAUGACAUCGUGAGUACGCUCAAGCCAAUAGGAAAAGCAUAAACUAAUGUCAACAUUUAGGUCAUUACCUUUGCCGCUCGUACACCAUUAACAAAAGCAAAGAAGGGUGGCCUCAAAGACACUCGAAUUGAUGAACUCCUGAUUUCUUUACUAACGGUAUUUUGCACCACCUACUUCUCUCAGUAUCUCUCUAAUUCACUAUCAGGAAGUACGAGAACGUUCCAAAAUCGACCCAAAUCUCGUCGAAGAUGUCUGCUUAGGAAACGUACUUGCACCAGCCCAAGGAUAUGUCGCACGAUGCUCCGUCCUUGCAGCAGGCUUUCCAAUAGGAACAGCGGCCUCGGUCACAAAUCGAUUCUGCUCUUCCGGUCUGCUUGCCGUUCAAAAUAUCGCGAAUCAAAUCGUUGCCGGCUCAAUUGAUGUCGGUAUUGCUAUUGGGGCAGAGAGCAUGAGCACAUGCCCCGACGAUGGAGCACCAUCCUGGAUGAGCGAGAAAAUCAUCAAGCAUCCAAUCGCAGGCCAGAACACACAAUCGAUGGGACAGACUAGUGAAAACGUUGCUGGGGACUUUGGCGUAACCAGAGAGAUGAUGGAUAAAUUUGCUGCGAGAAGUUAUCAACGAGCCGAGAAGGCUCAAAAGGAGGGAUGGGUCGCGGACGAAAUCAUUCCCAUCAAAGUCAAAGUCACAGACCCAAAGACGGGAGUAGUCGAAGAGAAGAUUAUCAAGGGAGAUGAUGGAGUUCGCGCUGGAACAACAGCAGAAUCCCUAAGCAAAAUCCGAGCAGCAUUCCCACAAUGGGCGCCAAGUGCUACAACCGGAGGAAAUGCUUCGCAACUCACCGAUGGAGCAGCAGCCCUUCUCCUCAUGAAGCGUUCUCGUGCUCUGGAGCUUGGCCAGCCUAUCGUAGGUAAGUUCUGCGGUGCGACGGUUGUUGGACUGGAGCCGAGAAUCAUGGGUAUCGGACCUAGCUAUGCGAUCCCCAAGAUCCUUGGAAAAUUGGGCUUGAGGAUCGAAGAUGUGGACGUAUUUGAAAUCAACGAGGCUUUCGCUAGCAUGGGAGUCUACUGUGUUGAUAAAUUGGGAUUGAACCCCGAUAAGGUUAACCCAAGAGGAGGAGCCAUGUAAGUCAUCAAUGGUGCUGCGGGGAAGCUGAUACUGAUAUUUCCUAGUGCUCUUGGCCAUCCGCUGGGCUGUACGGGUGCAAGACAGGUUGUUACGGCACUAUCCGAGCUGAGAAGAACGGAUAAGAGGAUAGCUAUUACCUCGAUGUGUGUUGGCACUGUAAGUUUGAAGUCUUCCUCCUCGGCUCUCACGCAUGACCAUGUUUGUGAUACUGACUUGAACUAGGGUAUGGGCAUGGCAGGUGUCUUUGUUUCGGAACAUUAGCUGUAGCAUAUCUCGAUAUGUAAUAUACUGUAUCGUAUAGUUGAAUUUGAAUUUCGUCAUAUA